AUGCCUACAGUAGCAGAAAGAAAACGGCUUUUGAAAUCUGCGUGUUCAAAAAGACAAGCUGGUGAAGGUCUAGAAUUGAGUUGGCGUAAUAACGACCAAGGUAAAUUGUCACAAUUUGAAUAUCAACAAAAAGCCAAAAUACCACGUAUAGACGUGGUUGAAUUCGAUUACGACUUCGAUGAUUGUGAUUGGCAAGACGACACAGAGUUCUACGAAGAAGCUAUGAAGUCAGCGUAUCAAAAUAAGAUGGAUGUUCUUGAAAACAAGUGGGAUGACGACGUUGAAGUAGAGGACAGUGAAGACGAUUGGAUUAUGGAAUAUAUUUUCUUGGAUGAUAAGCCCAAACGAAACGGAAGGAAUGAACACGAAACAAGCAUAUCCGUCAAUAAUUAUGACUUGAAAGGCAAAUCUCAUUUCGAUCAUGCAAGACUAAGGUCUAAAAUGCAAAAAUCCAACGACAAAAAUUCAUUCAAAAAUUGGCCAUUCAAUUCAGUCUCAUUGGAGAAUUGUACUCCAAAGACGAAUUAAUUGCAAGAGUCAGAGAAGCAAAACAGAAAAACAAAUCAACCUUUGGAACAAAGCUUAAGCAAAUACAUCAGCCCCAUGAAAGACUGUAAGCAGAAAAGCAAAACUCACGGUUUAUCAAUAUUCCCGCGUAUCACGCAACCUGGAAAACGCCCAUCGCCACAAUCCAAGUUAAACUCGCGAGCAACAUCCCGCCCUUUUAUUGCCCAACGUUUAAAUCGGCUUGAAACAAUAAAAGAUGAUUGUGAUACAAUUUCUUCCAUAUCUAACGCAGCAUACCAUUUUAACGAUCCAUUUCCAUCCACAUCCACCAAAAAACAUGGACAAACGAAUGCACUAAAACCAGAUUUCAAUUGGACGACGCAACAGCCUUCAAAGAAAUGCCCAAUGAAUCAUUCAAUGAAAUUGGCUUCGACAAGAAAUUUUA